CUUUCUUCAAGCAUUCCUCAUUAUUGUUUCAAUUUUUCUUGCAGAUGGCCGACGCAACCCCUGACGCUUCGAGCAAUUUCGGGACACUCGCACUGGUGCUCACGCUCGCUGUGGCAGUGCUGGGUCUUGUCGGGUUCUACGUCCUUCAGCAGCGCUCAAAUGCGCUCAGCAAUCAAAGCGCCUUGGGCAUGGCAGCUUCACAAAAGAAACGGAACACGAUCGUUCUCACAGGCCCUAUGGGAGCCGGCAAAACCGCGCUCUACACGCAGCUAAAGUACAAGAAGCAGCAGCCGACGCAAACGUCGAUGGCUGUGAAUGCCAGCGAGGUGACGGUUGACUCGACGAGGGCGUUUCUGGUUGAUGUGCCGGGCCACCAAAAGUUUUUGUUCGACCGGGAUGCACAGCUGGCAGGUGCAAGGGGCGUGGUGUUUGUGGUGGACAGCGUGGCGGUCGCCGACAACGUCAGAGAGACUGCGGAGCAGCUGUACGAGGUUCUGGCGAACAGCAAGGUGCAGGAGCUGGAGACGCCUGUGCUUGUGGUGUGCAACAAGCAGGAUGAGAUGGCAGCCCUGACCAACACUCGUGUGCGGAAGCUGCUGGAGGACGAGAUUGACAACCUGAGGGGAUCGCGUCAGGCUGCUCUGGAUGCCCUGGGCGACACGGCCGAGGACGAUGCGCGGGCAGGCGAUUUCCUGGGCUAUGACGGCAAAAAGUUCUCGUUCGACGACAUACAGAACGACGUCCAGUUCAACGAGUGCGUGCUGGUGCAGGGCCACGACCUGGGCGGCGUCACGUACGUUGAGAGCUGGAUCGGCGAGGCUCUGUCAUAGUUUCCGGCUUAUUCACAGUGUUUUUUUUCUUUCAAAAAUGAAGAGCAGAGAAAAGGCUUUAGUUGUUGGCUGGGGUGAACGGUGGG